AUGGCUGCCUUGUUCUUCGCCACCCACCCGUCAACUCCCCAGUCUCAGCUGUGGAAUCCAUCCUUCUCUUCUCCUGGGCAUCAGCCACAAUCACUUCAGAUUACCAGGGAAAACGCCCAGUUCAUCCUUCCCACGGAUGCCUGCGUACAUGUGGGAAAUCUCUCCAGGGGUGUCUGUCCGGAAAUCCUCCGGCACGAACUGGAGCAGCUCCUCUUCCAGUUCGGUACGUGCUGGGCGCAGGUUCGCGAAGGAAAGACUGGUCUUUUUAGCGGUUGGGUGCAGUUCACAGAAAGGUCCCACGCUCAAGCAGCUAUCAGGCAGCACCAUAAUAUUUUCCUCAGAGGUCGUCCUCUGAGAGUACAGGCCGCAAAUGGCCUCAGAAACCGUGUAGAGCCGGUGGUGCAUCGCGAAGAAAGGGCUGGGAUAACCACCUCGCCACUUUAUAUACCCUCUAUGGCUAUACCAUCCUGCCAGCCCAUCGCGUAUGAGCCUGCUAUGAUGUAUAGCUGGUCACCGGCUCUACCAGUAUAUGGUAGCCUUUAUAUACCCCCUCCUCCCCCUCCCCCUCCUGUCUCUGGUACCUUACCUCCCCUAUCCUCAUGCCCUACUCAUCACACAUUAUCACCACAAGCCCUCAACGCAUAUACGCCACAUUCCUCUUCCUACACUUCUUCCCUAUCGAGCAACACCCUUGACACACAGCCUACGACACCCGGCUGCGAUGGAGUAGUAGCAUGCGAGGCCGAUCAAGAAAGGGAGGAGGAGUAUAUCAAGGACAACCGGUCCAACCUUCCCUGCGACAUGCCACUAUCUACCGGCCGCACAGUCAGGGACUACGUUAACGAAGUGAAAAGGUUGCGGGGGGUUGACCUCAGCGAUGAGACCACCCGUGAACUCAUCUUGGAGUUGGAGGAAGAGGCCCGGGAUCAAGGCUUGUUGCCUGCGCUGACGUCCAAGCCAGACUGA